CAACAAUUCCCGUCAUGCUCAGCGAUUAUACAGCAUGGUUGCACACAACAUUAGAUGGUAGAUAACUGCACAGUGUACUGUGUACAAUUCGCAAAAACGAUGAUUCAUUUGCUUUGUAUUAUAUUUUUAUCAAGUCGCGUUUUUGCAACGGAUACUAAGGCAUCCCAGAAUGAGUACAGCAUCACCGAGACAUACUUCAUGUCCAUAUGGAACAAGAGACUUUACUUGUACACACUGGCAGCCCUCGUCUUUGGCGCUUGGUUUUUACUGAAGGCUUUAUGGAAAAAGAAAAGUCUGAAGAAUGUCGACUCUGGUGUCUACAAAGCAGUGAAGAACAACGAGCAGCCCCACACAGACAAAGUAGUUCAUGUGUCAGGAGUUAAAAUCUUCUAUGGUUCACAGACUGGGACAGCAAAGGUCUUUGCACAAGAGUUGUCAGAAGAGGUGAAGACUUUGGGGAUAACGUCGGAUGUGAUCGACAUGAAAGACUAUGAUCCAGAUGAUAGACUCGCUGAUGAGUGUACCAGUAAGUCGGUCUGUGUGUUUCUUGUGGCCACAUACACGGACGGAGAGCCCACAGAAAAUGCAGAAUGGUUCUGCAAGUGGCUGGAAGAGGCAUCCACUGAUUUCAGAUAUGGGAAGACUUACCUCAAAGGUCUUCGAUAUGCUGUGUUUGGUCUCGGCAAUUCUGUGUAUGUUGGUCACUACAACACGGUGGGUAAAAAUGUAGACAAGUGGCUUUGGAUGCUUAGUGGAAUGCGGAUAAUGACCCGUGGAGAGGGCGACUGUAAUGUGGUAAAGAGCCGUAAUGGCAGCAUCCAGGCCGACUUCCUGGCCUGGAAAGCGAAGUUCCUGAACCGGCUGCAAUCUCUGGCCAAAGGUGAGAAGAAGAAGUGCAGCGGGGACUGCAAAACAAAUGGGUCGUGUAAGAAGAAGAACAGGAAGGAAGACCAGGUGGUUGAAAAACAACAGCAGGUGGAGGAAAAGACCAGCUCUGAGGAGGAACUAAUGGAGUCGAGCAGCGAUGAAGACGAGACGGGUGGCAAAUCGGGAUCAGUGGUGGACAUGGAAGACCUGGGCAACAUGAUGAGCAGCGUCAGGAAAGUCAAGAUCAAAGAGGACAGACGAGGAGGCGAUCUGCUGUUGAAUGGAGUGAAGAAGACUGAGGAUGAAGAUGAAAGAAGAGAGAUGAUCACCCCUGCCCUGAGAGCUUCACUGACAAAGCAAGGUUACAAACUAAUAGGAAGUCACUCAGGGGUGAAGCUUUGUCGAUGGACCAAGUCAAUGUUGCGAGGAAGAGGAGGCUGCUACAAACACACCUUCUAUGGCAUUGAGUCUCACCGCUGCAUGGAAACCACCCCCAGUCUCGCCUGCGCUAACAAGUGUGUCUUCUGCUGGAGACAUCACACAAACCCCGUGGGCACAGAGUGGCGCUGGAAAAUGGACCCGGCUGAGGAAAUCCUACAGGACGCCAUGGAGAAGCACCAGAACAUGAUUCGACAGUUCAGAGGUGUCCCUGGAGUAAAACCUGAGCGGUACGAGGAGGGUUUGGUUGUCAAGCACUGUGCCCUGUCCCUGGUGGGGGAGCCAAUCAUGUACCCCGAAAUCAACACCUUCCUUCGCCUCCUCCACUCGCAUAACAUCUCCAGUUUCCUAGUUACAAAUGCACAGUUCCCUGAGGAAAUUAGGAGCCUGGUGCCAGUUACUCAGUUGUACGUUAGUGUGGACGCCAGCACAAAGGACAGCCUAAAAAAGAUUGACCGUCCUCUUUUCAAGGAUUUCUGGCCACGCUUCCUAGACAGCCUAAAAGCUCUGGGAGAGAAGAGACAGAGGACAGUGUACAGACUGACACUGGUCAAAGCCUGGAAUGUGGAGGAGCUGCAGGCGUACUCUGAGCUCAUCGCUUUAGGCCAGCCAGACUUCAUCGAGGUCAAGGGGGUGACAUACUGUGGAGAAAGCUCAGCCAGCAGUCUGACCAUGGCUAACGUCCCCUGGCACCAGGAGGUGGUCUCCUUCGUUCAGCAGCUGGCCGACAUGUUGCCUCAGUAUGAGAUUGCCUGUGAGCACGAGCACUCCAACUGCUUACUCAUUGCACACACAAAGUUCAAGGUGGACGGUGAGUGGUGGACAUGGAUCGACUACGAACGUUUCCAGGAGUUGGUCCAGAUCUAUGAGGAGAGCGGGGGGCAGCGGAGCUUCUCGGCUCUGGACUACGUGUCUAAGACUCCUCUCUGGGCUCUGUUCGGGGCCCAGGAGCAGGGCUUCGACCCAGACGACACUCGCUUUCAACGGCGCAGCAAAACCAAAGACAUCUCAGGAUGUUGAUAAAUGUGGACAGAGAAAAUGUUUGUCCCAGACAGAGAAUUUACUGAUAGAUCUGAUGUGUGUUGUCGUUGAUUGAACAGUUGAUGUUUUACCGUUGUUAUUUUUAUAUAAUUUUUUGUCUCCACUUUUUUAUUUUCCUUUUGACCUAAACGGCCACAGCCCAUUAAAUCCUGUUUUAUCCAACGGUGGUCUCCUUCCCAGUCAUUAUUUUAUGUAUGAACAAAGACCAUUGACAUAUUUCAUAUGCGCGUGCACUGCUUUUUGGAGGAGGUCAUUAUCAUAAACGUCUUUGGCUUUGAACUUGUAAUUAUCUGGCAGCGCACACCCACUGUUACAGUUAAAUCUGGCAGCAGCGUCGCCACAGCUCUCAUUGCUAAUGUUUUUAUGGUCCUACUGUGCAGCAAAGGACAUGAUUAGCAUGUAAGGAACAGCUCCUUCACCCCCCCCCCCUCUCUGUAUCAUCCGUAGGAGUUUCACAUCUUUCACAGACACCUUUUACUCUUCCACCUACUCAUUAGGACAGAGGCUGCAGCUCCGCUGGGAGCACCUCCUGGCUGCAGCAUCUCCUUACUGCGCUCUGCCUCACUCUCUCCAACAAUCUUGACGUUCCUCUGCCGUAUGUACAGAUUAUUUAUAGCCUUGUCUGGUUUCGGUUCCAUUUGUCUGGACGGCAGAUUUAACAUCAUCCCAUCGGAACUAAUGCGAAAUAAUUAGAAACCUUGAAAACUUUUUUUUUGUUGGUUGUGCCGAGAACUUUAAUAUUUUUCUAGGGUAAGAGUAGGAGUGUGGAAUCAACAAGAUUUUUAAAUCAUUUGCUGAAGAAAGAUUGAAGCAUCGCAACUUCAGUUGAUAAAUAAUAACUCUAGUCCAUUACUAUAAACCAUUACUGUUGAGUAAAUCAAAUAAAUGAUUUCAAAAUGUAGCUGACUUUGAAUUACUGAAAUGAAAAUGUGAUUUUUUUUUUUCCUUUCUUUUGUGGGUUUAACCUUAGCUCUCAGAUCUUGUGAAUCUUAUGAAUGUCUUUGAAAUAAAAUGCCUUGUCUCUUCAUACUGUACA